AUGGGUCCAAAAAAGAAAGGCAAAAAGAAGAAUAGUGAUAAAAAGAAGAAGACAGUGACUGAAGAAGGUGCUAGUGGUGGACCUGAAAUACAAAUGGAACAAGGUACUAAACAAUUUUAUCUUACCCAACUUGAAAGUCUUCAAAAGAAAGUUACUGAUUUACAAGAAGAAUGUGACAUUUAUCUAGUUUCUCAACAGAAGAAUUCUGAGCGUUUAGAAACAUUGAAAGAAAUUCGUCUUGGCUCUCGAGCUUACCUUGGUCGUCAAAUGGAUGAAAUUAAUUUCGAAAUAACUCAUUUGAAUGGUCAAUUGCGAGAAUUAGAUGAAUUAAAAGAAGCUGAGCGUACUGAAUUAACAAAACAAAUCAAUGAUUUAAAAACCAAAGAUUUGCAAGAGACGAAGGAGAAGAAUGAAAAUGAAAAUCAUAUGUUAAGAUCAAAGUUAAAUUCUUUAGAUGAGUUAAAAACGAAAAAAGAAACUUUAUUAAAUGAAAUAAACCAAUUAGAUGAACAAUUAAAGCAACAAGAACAUGAAUACCAGGAGGAUAUUUAUCAUAAAGAAAAAGACGCAGUUUUAGAAAAAGACAAAUUACGCAAAGAAAUGGGUACACGUGUAAGUGAUUUAUCGUCCGAAUUUCGUCGUGUAUCAAAAAUGCAAGUUGUACAAACGACAAGGCAAAUUAUCCUUGAAAAUGUUCGUCUCAAUAAUCAAAUGGCACUUAUUGAAAAUGAUUAUACUGAUUUUGAAGCUAAAAAUGGAAACAUUCGUGAAGGAAAAAAAACUAAAUCACUCGAAUAUACUCUACUUGACGAACGUGAACGAAUGAUGGCAAAAAAAAAUCGCAAAACAUAUCAAUUAAUUGAAAAACUAAGCGAUGAAUGCACGGCCAAUGAACAAUUUAUUUCAGGCCUCGAUGAAAAAUUAUCUUCAUUCAAUUAUACACAACAGCUAAUUGAUGAGUUAGAACAACUAAAUGAGAAAACCGAAACACGCCGGAAUCAAGCAUUAGAAGAAAAUGAACUAUUACGAAGAUCUAUCGCAAAACAAGAAGAUAUACUUUCAGAAUAUGAACAUGAUAUUAAAAAAGUGAAACAUGUUAUUGACAACACUGUUCAAGCAUUAAGUCAUAUUUUACAAGGUUCUUCUGAAACAUUGGAAACUGGUCGAAAAAUCGAUAUUCGUUUACGUGGCUUCGAAAAUAUUCUCAAACUUCUUAAUGUUGCUACACAGCUGGGUAUCGGACCUAAACUAAAUGAUUUAGCUGCAAAAAAUGAAAGUGAUCCAUUAUCAACUACGAUUGAGGUUGAUGAACUACCUUCACCAAGACAACCAUUAGGUGCUCUCAAAAAAUUAAAAACAAAAUCAGUUGCUGUUCAAACAAGUGUUUCUAAUCGAAAUCCUACUUCAUAUCAUGUACAAACUGAUUCAUCAAUCGUACCACUUCAUCCAUCAACAGUUCCAAAACGUCGUUCAUCUUUACUUUCUAAUUGA